CUAUGAUUGUACAGUAAAUACUAUAAGCUUUGCCUCCUUCGUUCUCACUGCAGCGAUGCAAUCAGGUGAAAAAAAAGGAGACAAACCCGAGGGUUGAGCUAUAAAACCGUUUGUGUUAGACAUUUUCUUCUGUUAGGGACUAACUUGCCGAGGAGGAAGCUCUCUGCAGUUUUUAGUAGGAGAUAUCAGUGUGCAAGCGGGGAACAAGCUAGGAGAGCUCCGAGGGUGUUUGUUGGCCCUCUGCAGCCUGAUUCACCGGUGAGUCGCCCCACACCGCUGCCUCAUCAUCGACGUCGUUUACCCGUCGACAUUUACAUCUUCACGGAGGCAGAAAGCCACGGAAAGGGACGGGACGUCAGCCCGUGUUUGGCCCUCCACCGCCGCAGCCCCUAGGCGCGCUGCCUGGCAUAGCAUGUUAAAUAAUGAGCCAAAGGGACACGCUGGUUCAUUUGUUCGCUGGAGGAUGUGGAGGUACAGUGGGUGCAAUUUUGACUUGUCCUCUGGAAGUGGUGAAAACAAGACUACAGUCCUCCUCCAUCACUCUCUACAUCUCAGAAGUCCAGCUUAGCACCGUCAAUGGCGCCAGCGUGGCCCGUGUUGCUCCACCAGGGCCUCUGCACUGUCUCAAGUUGAUUUUAGAGAGAGAAGGGCCCCGUUCACUCUUCAGAGGACUGGGACCCACCCUUGUUGGUGUGGCACCUUCCAGGGCGAUCUAUUUUGCAGCCUAUUCAACAGCCAAGGAGAAGCUGAAUGGGGUGCUGGAGCCAGACUCUACCCCAGUGCACAUGGUGUCAGCUGGGAUGGCAGGGUUCACAGCCAUCACCGCCACCAAUCCCAUCUGGCUGAUUAAGACCCGUCUGCAGCUGGAUGCCAGAAACCGGGGUGAGCGGCAGAUGAAUGCUUUCGAGUGUGUGCGGCGGGUGUACCAGAUGGACGGCCUGCGUGGUUUUUACAGGGGUAUGUCGGCCUCCUAUGCCGGCAUCUCUGAGACUGUUAUCCAUUUUGUCAUUUAUGAGAGCAUCAAACGUAAACUGCUCGAGUACAAGGCCCACUCAAGCAUGGACGAAGAGGACGAGUCGGCCAAAGACGCCUCAGACUUUGUAGGCAUGAUGCUUGCAGCAGCCACCUCCAAGACCUGUGCCACCUCAAUAGCCUACCCUCAUGGUAUGUUUGUCUCCCACACUUUCUCUAAGAAUGAGAGAACACCUUGCUAAGUGUAGGAUUAGAUCAGGACAUGCGCUCAUAGCUAAAGUGUGACAAGAACU